CAGCUGUCGAUGUGUGAAAUUUUCGUUUUAGAAUUUCUUAAUUAAAUUAAACAAGAAAUUCGUGAAAAAUGAGUGAUAGUGAGUCGGACAGCAACGCAAAACAAGCGAAAUGCAGUGGWGCAAAAUUUAAACUAAAAAAGUUUGGCGAAAUUGAAAAACUAGAGUCCGGCGAACUAUGCGCCUACAUAUCUGAGCUGCAUGAACUGCUCAUAAAAAAAGACAAUAAAAUAAAAAAGUACAAAGACAAAUAUAAAGAAAUCUUGAGACAAUUAAACAACGAGAAAGAAAAUAGCAACUCCGAUAAACCCAUUAAUUCCUCAAGUAUUGAGACUAAUUCCCCCGCCCCCAUAGAUGAAAAACGAGCCGUAGAUAAUGCAGCUGCUAUUACCGUAGACAAUUUUGUGGAUGAUAUUCGUCGUGCCGCCGAACAGGCGCAAAAUUUGAAUGGUUUCGUCUAUGAGCCCACAUCCGGUCUGUACUAUGAUCAGAAGACCGGCUACUAUUAUAAUGCGGAAUAUGGUCUCUAUUACGAUGGCAAUAACGGCUGUUAUUACAACUACAAUCAAGAGAAAAAUGUUUUUGAGUUUCAUUCGCAAGUUCAAGCACAGCAAAUUCAGAAAGCUGCAGAGCGCAACAACGCCAGUGAUAAAGAUGUGCUAACGAAUUAUGAUGAUUUCGAUGCGGACGAGUUGGUGGCGUUCGACGAGUUCGGCGGCGUCAUAACCGAUCAAGAGCGACUGCGUAAAAUCAAAGAGGAGCGACGCCAAGAGCAAAAAGACGAACGCAUUUGGCGUAAAAAGAAMAAAUCGAAGAGCAUAAAGGCGGCCAAGAGCGAGAAGCUUGCCAAAUCUAAGAAGCGCAAACAUAAAUCGAAGAAGCGUAAACGCGCACGUAAACACAAGCAUGCGUCGAGUGAUUCCUCGUCCACUGCUGAUGAGAGUGAUGAACGUGAUGAACAGCCAAGCAAUAGGAAGAGUAAGAAGCGUGCGCGCAGGCGCAAGUCGUGUGACGUUGAGGACGGUGAGUUGUCUGAGUCCAGCAGCAGCAGCGACAGCAGCGGAAAUGAGAGCGAUAGUGAGGAUAGCCGUAGCAGUGGUGAUGUUGAUAGGCAUGCAGAGGGGAAGGAGGGCAAGGGAGUUGCUACUUUUGCUAGCGGUGGGCGCUUUCAAGAUAUAGCCAAAAAGUAUCCGCCUUCACUGCGCAUCAUUGUGCAGGAAAGCAAUUUGGAGGCUCUCAAGGUGGGUAGUCUGAGUUUAAUCACAUAUAAGGGCGGCAGUUUAGGUCGCGAAGGCAACCACGACGUCAUAAUACCGGAUUUGAAUGUGUCCAAGCUACACAUGAGAUUCCACUACGAUCAUAAGCAGAGUAUUUACAAGUGCACCGAUCUGGGCUCACGUAACGGCACCGUGCUGAACGGCACACGCAUGUCAGCUUCCAAGCAAGAGAGCACCGAGUAUGAUUUGGUGCACGGCAGCGUCUUGCAGAUCGGUCAAACGAAGCUGUUGUGUCACGUGCACGAGGGUAAYAGCACUUGCGGCUUGUGUGAGCCGGGCUUAUUGAUUGAGACGGCACGUGAAAGCAGCGCCACGGCAGGCAAUACAAUAGUGCUAACGCAUCGCGAACAGCUGAAGAAGCUGCAGAAGAAGUAUGGCUUGGAGAAAGAGAAAUUUGUGGAGGGCAAACAGAACGUCGGUAGCUACAAUGAUCGUGCCGCAACGCGACGCAUACAAGUGGGCAGCUCAACGGAUGGCGAGAAAACGCAAGCCGCCUCCGUGAAUACUGAAAUAUCUUCCGACAAUAAGGGCUUCAAGAUGCUCUCCAAACUCGGCUGGAACAAGGGUGAGGCUUUGGGUAAAGCAAGUGAUGGCUCAGGACUCUUGGAACCGAUUAAUGUCGCAUCCAAUGAGGGUAAGACUGGUUUGGGUUGCGGUGCGGCUACAUCCGUUAGUGUUGCGCUUACCAACGCUGAUAAACGCAAGAUCGCGACUUGGAAGAAGACACAGGCACGCUACCAACAAACCGAUAUUUUCGAAGACAGCGRUAAUAGUUCGUAAUGCAUUUAUGUUCUUAAUAAUGUUUGUGGCUAUGUAGAAGUAUUUCUAAUAAUGGAACUACCUUCUUAUAAAAGUUGUUUUAAUGCAAAUACUUGUAUAUUA